GCCUCCACCACAGGUUUCUCCUCUGCUAUUUCAGAGGAUAUCACCGAGGAACAUGGGCCUGUUGAACAUCUUCACUUCCAUCAAGGACAGAGCCGAAAAGUUUCUCAAUGAGAAGAAUGUGGUCACAGAUAUUCUGGGGAAGGUGGAGGAGAAGACUGGAAUCAAGAAGAAGUUCAUCGCCAUAGGAGCUGUCUCACUGACUGGACUUUAUCUGGUAUAUGGGUAUGGUGCUUCGCUCCUCUGCAACCUGAUUGGCUUCGUCUAUCCAGCAUAUUAUUCAAUUAAAGCGAUUGAAAGUCCCUGCAAAGAAGACGACACAAAAUGGUUGACGUACUGGGUGGUGUACGGUGUCUUCAGCCUGGGCGAGUUCUUCUCUGAUAUUUUCCUCUACUGGUUCCCAUUUUACUACGCCUUUAAGUGUUUGUUCUUGUUGUGGUGCAUGGCUCCGAUGUCGUGGAAUGGCUCCCAGAUCAUUUACAACAAAGUGGUUCGGCCCCUCUUCCUCCGCCAUGAGGCCACGGUGGACAACAUGGUCAGUGACCUCAGCGGGAAGGCCAUGAACGUCGCUGAGAACCUCACCAGAGAAGUCCUAUCUACUCUGGUGAAGAAUAAAACUCUGGUGACACCAAUGCCACCUGUUGCCCAGGCUAAGAGUUUACCAAGUUCAUCUGGACAAACAUCAAAUGCUAGAGUUGCUCCAUGUGAGCCGAGCGCAGAAGAACGAAGACCUUUUCUUGGGUGACCAGGGUGAAAGAACUUGGUGUAGAUUGAUGUCAGUCAGAUAGCAGCAGAGGAAGAGGAGGAGGUUCUGUGAGGAAAAGGAGAGAGAGAUGUUUUUGCCCUUCAUCUUGAAACAUCCAAACAGAAAGUGCUCCUUAUGUUCCAGAGACUCGAGGCCAUAUUUCUGUAGAACAGGAAGUCUCGUUUAACAGUCUUGUGUUCGAUCUGAAUUUAUGUUUGGAGCUAAUUUGUUUGUUCUUUAGAUGUAAAACUCCUGAAACUUGAUCCAUGUGAACCCAGUCUGGUCCACAAGCUGCAAGUCAGAACUUCAGGACAUGGAAUACAAAAUCAAAUCCUAUGACUUGUGGUUCCUGUUCAUUCACAAAAAGUUCAGUUCAGUUUAGAUGAACCGAAUCCACAAAAAACAAACCAGUUCACGCUCAUUUCUUGUUUUUCACAUAAAUAAAAGUAAAGCAGUAAAGAUCAGGAUGAAAAAUCCUACAACCUUAUUUUCAUCAUCAGUUUUAUUUUUGUUUUCAUAUAUUUAUUUUAUGUACACUGCUUUAUGCUUGAACUUUAUUUAAUAUUCAUUUAAAAAAUAAAAAGAAUAGAGUUCUGCACAUACAUGAAAAUCCAAUAUUGAAAUAAAUGAAUAUUCUUUCUCAAUA